UGGUGCCGUAGGUUUCCGGUGCUAUGUAUAUCCUUCGCCGACCUCUCUGUUUCUUUUUUUGUUUUUGUUCGUUAUUCACGUUUGUCCGAUUCGUGUUUCCAACAGAGUCUUCCAUAUUCCUUUUAUCGUUUCCCCAAGGAUGAGAGACCCUUCCUUCUCCUUGUCGUUCUCGAAAAUCCUCACUAUACUGGCUUUAGCAGCGACGCUGUUGUUCUUCCAUUUCGUCGUAUUAAUGUCGCCUCUGCUUCUCUCAGAUGUGAGGAGGAGCUCCUUGGUCCUCUUGGACAAUGAAAACUCCACGACGCUCACUGCACUGCAUCGCAAGCUUCUUCUUCAUGAUGGUGAGAGACCAGCAGCAGCAGGAAUGGAGGAAACGAACCGGAUGUGGGGGGAAAGGUGUAGCAAGGACGACAUAGAAGUGAGCCAAGGCCCCACAGCCCCACUCCCAAGUGGCAUUCCCACCUACACCGUAGAGAUCAUAAAUGUCUGCUUCACAGGCUGCGACAUUUCCGGCAUUCAUUUGAGCUGUGGAUGGUUCAGCUCUGCCCACCUCAUCAACCCUAACAUCUUCAAGAGGCUUGGCUACGACGAUUGCCUUGUCAAUGACGGCAAGCCCUUGCUCUAUGGCUCUAUCCUCUCUUUCCAGUAUGCCAAUACCUUCCCCUACCCACUUUCUGUCUCCACAGUUGUUUGCGUUUAACUCACGUACAUGUAAUUCUAUAUAGUUUUUGAGCUUUUUUUUUUUCCCUUCUCUCAUAAACUCACUACAUAUAUAAUAGCCGCUGAUGAUACUGAAUACACUCGGAUACCCAGUUUUGCUUCUGUGGUUUUGGUUGGGGUUUAAACGUUUGAGUUCUCCUUAAUUUUCGGUUGUUUGAGCAAACUUGUAAAGGAAAGUUCCUGAUCUUCUGGAUUUGGGUUGGUUUGAUAAUGACUGAUAUUUUGGGGUUGGAUA